AUGACCUCAAUGAAAGACCCCGUCGACUGGACAGUCGAUGAGGUUGUUCGAUUUGUUUGUCAUGAGCCGGCAGAUGAAUGGUCCCGUAACCUGGCGCGCCCGGAUCUUCAGGCCCUAGAGAUCGCUCUGCGAGAGAACCUUAUCUCGGGUUCAGCUUUUCUCAAGCUCACUUAUCCGAUGGUGAAAGACCUAGGGAUCUCUAUCAUUGCAUACUGUCAGUAUGUCUUGGCUGCCAGUGAAUCGCUCCAACGUCGAUCACUGGAACUUCGCUUGGCUCAGCAGCAGCGUCGUCUUGAGACCCCUGCUGCUUCUGCCAAUCCGACUGCCUUACUUGAUGAGCUCUCAUGGGAUCUGGUGCCUAAGGAAACAACUCGCCGAGUGGAAACUACGCUAGUCACGCAACCUCUGGAGCCUUCUCUUCCCGAGGCCCGCCCACUUGAGGAACAACUUGGUUCGAAGCCUGCCUUUGGACAAGAAGACUUCUUUGAUAGGCUUUUGAGGAGUUACCCUCCGGAGGAUGACAACCUCGUUCCAGUGCUCGGAGAAUCCGACUCCGAGGACUAUUAUGACUCAGAGCUCGAGGAGGACGAAGUGCGAGGACCUCCUGAGACCCACGACCCCAGUACUUCUGGACAUCCCGAAUCUCCCGAGAAGCUCACAAUCAAUGAUGUCAAUGCUGUCAUUGACGCAUACAUUGCUGAGCAUGAAACGUACUUUACAACGACUCGGUUGCCAAGAGAAGAGUACAUGGCAUUUGCCCUCUGGACCUUGGGACAAAAGAGACCCGAAACAACCGAUGUCUUUCUGAAGCGGUAUGCUCACCUUGAAAAACGUCUUCUUGAACUUCGUAAAGCCCUCUGCGUGGCUGAACAUUCAUGCCGCUCGUCUUUACAAAAAGCAUGUGCCUGUCUCGAUCAGACUCUAUCAGAGAUGUGCUUGAAUAGAUGGCAAGUCUCCAUUCUCAAGAAAGUCGACCCUCCGCCCAAGAUCGCUCGCCCGCCCCGCAUUCCGCGGGUAGCAAAAGUCAAAGAAACCUCAGACGGCGAGGAGACUCUAAGUUCCGACUUCGACUCUGACCGUGAUUCGGAUUUCAUCGAUCCAAGUGAGGACGGCUUGGAAGACGAAGACGAAGAAGAUGUAGUCAUGGCGAUGGAUAGCGAGUCCGAGCAAUCAGACGGCAACCAUCUUGAAGGUAUGUAUGAAACCAUGGCGAUGGAUAGCGAGUCCGAGCAAUCAGACGGCAACCGUCUUGAGGGUAUGCAUGAAAUCCCCAAAGAUGGGGUCCCUGAAGAGGAAUCGAACUUACGCCCCGAUCUUCUACACGGGCCAUUUCGUGAAACGUCUUCUCCGGCUGAGGACGUCAGCCAUCUAUAUUUUGAAGAUGAGGUUCACAAUCACAGCCCCCCAGCCGCCAAGAGGCGCCGCCUGGAGGCAGAGACCCCCGCUGCCGACCCAGCUACCACGAAAGAGCCCGAAAGCAGGUUGACCUUGACAGGCGUGAGGGACAGUGAAACUGAAUAUGCUCUCACUGCGCUUACAGCUGCCAAUUCCCUGACGUGGGAGGAUGUCGAGAGGAGUGGAAACCUGGCCUAUUUGGUAGCGAAAGCCUUGUCAUGUGAACGGAAGCAGGAAGCUCUUCGGCUUUUCGACUUCCUCGAGAAGUUUAUCGAUCUCCUGUUUGAAGAAUUCACACGAGAAGUCUUACAGGCCAUGUCUGGAGAUAGGCAGGCUCUCGAUGGGUGGGAGGCCGACGACGCCCGUUCAGUGAUACUGAUGAGAGUGAACACCGCCCUUGCCUUGCUCGAAGACGAGCACGACGAGUUCACUCCAUUCUUCCAAUGCCUAAAAGGUCUCGCUCAGGGCUACAGGCUAUGGGCCUCUUCGUCGUCUCAGGCUCAACUCCUCGAAGAGGAAGCCGCGGUUCAGCCCAUUGAAGAGGAAGGUGACGUGCAGCAGGACGAGGAAACCGCGGUUCAGCCCGACGAAGGGGAGGCCGUGCAUCAGCCCAACAAAGAAGCCACCUCGUGGCACCCAUCAAGCAAGCGAAAGAGGGCCACCAACCGAAACUUCACUCUGGUUCAGAGGGAGGCACAGCAACGACAGGAAUUGCAAGAAGAGGCCAAAAAGGCCUUGCAGGGAUUGCAACUUUCUCACAGAGAUGUCAACUCGGAAUCCACCCGGCAUCCUGUCACUUUCGAAGAUCCAGUCAUCUAUCUUGACCCUCAUAUUGGCGAUCGUGUCAAACCUCAUCAGCUCCAUGGUAUUCAAUUCUUGUUUCGAGAGAUUGUUCAGAACGAAAGACCGGAAGGGAUCUCACUUCUAGUUACAAUUUCUGCUGCCGGUGCCUCCCCAAACCCCGCCAUACGUGACCAAAUCCCCGAAGAAAUGCGGCAAUGCAAAGCUUUGGUACUGUGCCCGGCAUCCCUCAUUGUAAAUUGGUGCAAUGAAUUCGAGAUUUGGGCCCCUCCGCAUCACAAUCUUGGCAAAAUCCGCCCCAUCUUACCGAAAACAUCGGCCUGGGCAACACUUGACCGAACUGAAGAUAUCAACGCGUGUAAUAAUGAGGGCGGUGUACUGAUAAUCAGUUACGACAUAUUCCGCAAGAUUGUUGGCACCACCCCUGAAAUUAUCAAGAAUAGCGGACGAGAAUUGGCAAUGCAAAAUGUCCAGAAUUGGUUGCUAAAUGGCCCAACUUUGGUGAUUGCGGACGAGGCUCAAACUCUCCGCAACAGCAGCAGCCUCAUUGCUGGAGCAGCCUCUCGAAUCCGUACCCACAGACGGAUCGCCCUCACUGGCACGCCAUUGUCGAACGGGUUGAAAGAUUAUUAUGCCAUGCUUGACUGGGUGGCGCCCGGGUACCUGGGAACACGCUCGCACUUUGGCGAUAGAUUCAUCGAGCCAAUUGAGAAUGGCUCAUACAUCGACAGCACCAAGUCCGAGCGAAGACUAGCGCUUCGGCGCCAGGAGCUGUUGCUUCGGAUCAUCAGUCCAAAGGUAGAUCGGGCGGACAUGUCCGUACUGGCGACAGAUUUGCCACCAAAAUACGAGUUCUCGUUUUAUUUUGAACUGACAAAAACCCAAAAAGACUUAUAUGAUCUCUUUGUUAAAGUCGUUCAAUCAGAAGCCUCAGUGAGUGUGCGCACCAGGCUUUGGUCCUGGUUGAACCUCCUGGAGCUUUGUUGUGUGCAUCCGGCCGUGUUCAGGGCACAGCUGGACAGGCGAGAAACCCAGGGUACUGGCGAUGAUCACAUACAGAGCCCCGGCUUAGCUCCGCAAAACAGACCCGACUUGGACAUGCCCACUGCGCAGAACGUUCUUCCACUAUCGAGCUCAUUUGAAAUGCAAGCAUGGCUCGGUACGGUUCCUGACUUGCUUUCGCCGAACCUAUCUAGUCGGGUCAUCAUACUCGGAGAAAUUGUCCGACAGGCAAUCGCGCUCGGGGAUAAAGUUCUCGUUUUCUCGUCCAGUAUUCCUACACUGGAUUAUCUGGAAAGGUUCAUGGGCCAAAUGGGUUGGAAAUCAUUCCGCGUGGACGGAAAAGUGCCUGCGGUUCAACGUAGUGGGAUGAUAGAGAGCUUCAACAAAGAUACUACAUCCCAUGUCUUCCUUCUCUCCACCCAUGCUGCUGGGAUUGGGUUGAACAUCGUGGGUGCAAACCGGGUUGUGAUCUUUGAUUUCUCCUUCAAUCCCACUUGGGAGGAGCAAGCAGUCGGGCGUGCCUACCGCAUCGGUCAGAACAAAAAGGUGUAUGUUUACCGGCUGGUUUCCGGGGGUACCGUCGAAGAGAAAAUAUACGGUACAUCCAUCUUCAAGAAGCAACUCGCAUGCCGCGUCGUUGAUAGGAAGAAUGUCGCUCGCGAGGGCACCGCGAGUGGCUUGCAAUAUCUCGUUCCCUGGCAGCCAAGCCAACGACGAGGGGGUAUCGAACCCCAGGCUCAUGCCUGUGAUCCUGAGAUGAUGAAGGCGCUCAUGGGAUCUGAGUGCGCCGAUUACAUUCUCAAAGUCCGGCUCUCGUGGGACGAGAUUGACCCGGACGAUCUGCUCACUGCGGAGGAUAAUCAGGUCGUUGAGAGGGAGUGGUGCGAAAGGAUGGGGCUCCCUCCGCCCAGCUAA